AUGAAUAUGGUGGGGGUCAGCCGGAUCCGGACGAACAAGACUUCGGCCGCUGGGGUAGACCCUCUUGGACAUAGGCCAUUUCACGAGACUAUCGCUCGACCUAUUGAAAACCUGCUCGAUGAUGCGUACACGUUGUAUGUCAAUGGUAGCAACUGGCUAACCAUACAGGCGUAUUCCAUUGCUAUUCUAGAUGCGGAUGAGAACAUCAUCUUUGCGGAUAGCAUGAAUACGCAACCCACAGUUGCUUCACUCAGAAUGACAUAUGUCUCCCUCCCGGCCCCAAUAUAGCCGGCGUGUUGAUCCAGGUGAAUGUUCAACCAUUAAUUGCAGAUGAUUUGUUAGCAUACAGUAAUGGAACGUCGGAGAUGCAUUACAUGGAUGGCUCGUGGAAGAUGUUGGUGGCUUUGAAGCCACGGAUUUGGAUGUCAGUUCACGGAUUAUGCAAAAGAGUGGGUGGAUGGUGACAGUUCCAUGAGCAUAAGCUCUUUUGUACGAUGAGCUUCGUUGGGCUUUGCCCUUGUCGUAGAACUUAUUACAUCCAUGCUUCUCGGGUUGGUCUCUAUUCGCGGUUUCUUAAUUUCAGUAUGCAGUGGAUUGUGGCG